AUGCGGAGAUCCCUACCUGCAUUUGUGAAGAACUCUUCUAAAGAGACAAUCAGGGAUACAAUUAUCGAUGUUAAUCUACUGCAACAAAUGGAAGAAAGAUCUUUUGAUACCUUUGUAACACUCGCGUAUGAAUGUUUGGAAAGAGAGCAAAAGAACCGCCCUUCUAUGGAGUUGAUCGUGAAAAAGAUUGAAACUGCACUCGAAUAUCAGGAGCAAAGAAAUGUCCCUGUUUUGAAUAUUGUGAACUGGGCAUCGUCUUCAACACCGUAUGUGAUAAAAGAGAAGCGAGUUCUACUUCCUCAAAAGGAACAAACUGGGAGAAAUGUAAUGGCCAAGCGGAAAAGAAAGAAAUUUAUAGAAAUUAUUAACCAGUUUUGA